CAAGUCGCAUGCUGCCUUCUGUAACUGACGUUGGCUGUCUCUGUGCUGCCCGCUAACUGCUCAGCACCGUUGUGUGCAUUCGUCACUAUGACGAAUAUCCCAUCGCUGGAAGCUUAGUAUUUGGCCAACCCCACGUUGCGUGCGACAAGACAGCUUCAUCACAGCAUUCUACAGAAUGGGCAUUGCUGAGCCCUCUCGGGCUGACGUCGCACAUCUGGAACUCUCCAAACUAAUGCCUGGAGUGAGUUUCAGCACAAAUCAGCCACCUGAUGCAAUCCGACAGCUCAUCCGCCAGUGGCUCAUUGAUGACGAGGCCGAAAAGAUCUUAUCAAGGUUUCAAAAUGCCUGCAUCCCCAACCGCCAGGUGCUUUGGAGUGGCAUGCUUCGUGAACAGGCCCAGCAAUGGGCCGAUGCUCAUGGGCUGCAAACAUUGACGACUGCACUCGGUCCACUGUUGUAUCAUGGUGAUCCAAGUCCUCAGACACAAGCCCGUCCAAGGUUCAUCCACGGCGCUUCCAUCAUUUUCGCAUGGUUUAUCUCUCAAGGUGAUCUAGUGACUGUACUUUCUCAUCCUCCGCCCCUGUUCUUUCACCCUUCGGGGCAAACCUUCUACCAACUAUACGAAGAGCCUAUCAUCAAGGGUAAGAUGGGUAACAGGCCCGUGGGAAGAAUUCACACGGCUCACCCGGCCGUCGAGAUAGCUACCGACUUUAUCUAUCAGCUAUGGCCAUGCGAUAUCUCGUGGUUUUGGAUAAAGAUAUUUGGAAUUCCGGAUAUCGAGUUCCGAUGGCGCCAAACUAAGACAGUUAAAUCUAGUACACAGCCGCCAGGAGAGGCCGUCAGCUCAACAUUAUCACUGACUUCAAAAAGACCAGAAACUCUAGGACCUGCCAUCAAGUCAGUGGCCGACACAAAGAGCAAGAUAACGAAAGUCGGACAACAGAAGACUAAGCAAACCAAGAAGAAGAAACUGCCCAGUACGAUAGUUGACCAAGUGAAGAGCCCGACUACUAAGAAAUCAUUGAAAUCUGGCACUUCUAGCAAUAAACAGCAGUUGGUCAAAACAGCGGUACUAAGUAAGAAGCAAAACGUGGAGAGCAGCAUGAAAAACAGCAUAAAGAAUAAGAAGAAGAAAAAACAGAAACGGAAAGUGGCGGUAGUGGAAAAGGGUCAAGCUCAACUUAAGGCAAAGCAGGGCCAGAAGAAACCCGCGACGACGACGAAAGCCAAGGGUAGUAAAAUGGGAGCACAGGCUGAGCCGACGAUCAAGUCUGUGAUGAAGAAUGUCAAGUGAAGAGAUUGUGAUACGGGCUACACGCCUAUGACUUGAGUCUUGAAGAACAGUUGAGCCUGUCCAUGAUGGCAUGAUGUACGUAUAUGCAAGUGUAUGUUAUUCUAUAUGUUUUUGUAUCGUCGAGAUUUCGGUAACUAAUGUCGAGACGGAGGCUUCUCUAUGACUGAUACCUGCUCGAACUCUUUUGUGACCCUGAUUAUCUGCCUCGUGCUCUCGUCAUCUCUAUCGCUCUCUCGAUCUUCACCUGCAGCAACAGUUGCUCUGACAUCCCCGUCAUAAAUCGGAUGAUGCUUCCCACGAACCUGGCCAAUUGUGACGAGGUUGAUAUCGUCGGUCCCUCUGGCGUAUGAGCUGUCGUCUUUCCGCAACGCUUUGAAGAGCUUUCGGAGCAUGGGCAUUGAUCCGGCGAUGAUGCCGAGACUGCACUCCACAAUCGUCCAAAGGAUGAUGUUGCCAAUGCCGUCUGAAUAGGUCAGUCAAAAGCGCAAUAGUUGUGUAGAUGAAACUUACGGAGUUGGUUCGAAGGUUGAGAGUAUGCAGGGGAGUAUGGAAGGCGAAUAAUAGUUGCCACUGAUGCCCUAUGAUGUGUCAGUGAGAAUCGCCAUGAUCGGGUCAAGACCUACAAUGCGCCAAUGCCCAUAACCACGUUCGCCAUGAUCUUCAAAGUCCUGUGCAUCUGAACAUUCCACAGAAUGAUCACUGGCAGUAUAGCGACAGACCAGUCCACCACGAUAUUGAUCCCCGACA